AUGGCGCCGCCGACUCUCGCGGCCUCUGCAGGUAGCUCCUCGCCGUCUCUCACUGAAUUGAUUUUUCCUGCUCUCCCUUAUCUUCAUCCCCUGCUCCCUUUCGCUUCAGAUGAAGAUGGGAUUCACGAGCAAUUACUUCGCGCCGACGUGGAAUCCGGCAAUCACGAUCCCCCCACCGCCGCCGGAGCUAAAUUCCGCAUCAAUAACUUAACCAAGUUCUCCGACUCCGCUAGCGGUGGCGGCGUCCCGAUCUUGCGCGGGGUGGAGAUGGAAAUCCCUAGAUCCCAAAUCAUCGGAAUCAUCGGCCCCAGCGGCAGCGGGAAAUCGACGCUUCUCAGAUCCCUAAACCGCCUCUGGGAGCCACCGCGAGGCACCGUGUUCCUCGACGGCCGCGACAUCACCGAGAUCGACGUCGUCUCCCUCCGCCGGAAAGUCGGGAUGCUGUUCCAGCUCCCGGCGCUGUUCCAGGGCACGGUCGCCGACAACGUCCGGUACGGCCCCAAGCUGAGAGGCGAAAAUCUGUCGGAAAAGCAGGUCCGCGAGCUCCUUUCCAUGGCGGAUCUGGACCCGUCCUUCUACGGGAAGAAAGGGAGCGAGCUCUCCGUCGGACAGGCGCAGAGGGUCGCUCUGGCGAGGACUCUGGCCAACGAGCCGGACGUCCUCUUGCUCGACGAGCCCACCAGCGCUCUGGAUCCGAUUUCGACGCAGAAUGUUGAAGAUGUUCUGGUUAAACUGAAAAACGAUCAGGGAAUGACCGUCGUCAUGGUCUCCCACAGUAUCAAGCAGAUUCAGAGGGUUGCUGAUCUGGUUUUCUUGCUCGUCGAUGGUGAAAUCGUUGAGGUUCUCCGGCCUGAUGAGCUCGCUCAAGCUAAGCAUCCCAUGGCGCUCAGGUUCCUCCAGCUCAGUUCUUGA